AAUAGGUAAGAGUUGUACAACGCUACAACCAUGACUCCAGACGUGUUUAGCCUCUUUAGUCAAGCUGUCAACAAAGGGUCAGUAGCAGAGCUGAUCGACAUUCGCGACAAAUACACCUGGAAAUCAAUAACAAUCGAAUUUAUAGCUACGCGUUAUUGCAACAAAGAAAAAGAGACUUCCCUGCAAGUCGCCGUCAAGAACAAUCACUUCUAUGUCGUUGAGUUUUUGGUUCAUCAGUUGAAAUUUCACAUCCUGCAAGAACUGUACCCGCACGGAAAACACAACAAACCGAAGAGAUGUCCUUUUUCAUGGGAGAAAUUGGAUUGUUCUCAAGUUUUGCCCUCAUUCGUCUUACCUGCAGGCACAUUUGCAGUUAUAUCAGACAUUUGUAAACACGUCCCAUUAAUCAAACUGAUUGAAUACCUGAUUGACGUAGUCAACGACGAGGCAUAUUGGUUGGACUUCGUUCUUAAUUCGUUUAUGGCCAGCUCGCUUACCAAACACGAGAAGAUAAUCGCUCUCGAAUUGAUGGGUGCUGCCUUCAUCUUCAAACAGAUUCUCCACACUCGACGAAAGUCAUUGUGCAAGACAGCGCCAUGCCAUAACGGGCCAUGGCGUGGAUUGCUUUGCUGGAAACAAGCAAUAACAUUACGUUACUCUACAGCUGGUGGACAAGAACCUAUACCUAAAAUUCCUUACGUUUUCUCAGAGAUUGUCAGCAGCAUCUUUGAGGAAGCUACUGAAUUUAUGACACCAGAUGAACUGGAAGAGCUGGUAGAGCAAUCGUCCAUGCACAGGUCGAUCGGUGGUUGGGACCUUCUUUGUGGACCACUUGUAGUUCAAGCUCUGUUAGUUAGUAAACGAAUAUUUAGUCAAGACAAAACAAGUGAAACUGGCCCAAACUCUUUCCAUCUUGGAAACUUACUCCAUUAUGGAAUCUACUGUAAAUUUCACCAACAGUACAUCCAUGCCACCAACAUUUGUCUGCUAAUCUUGGAACAUUCCAAAGGGUUCAACCCGAACUCAUCACCUAAGUGUGUCAAAAUAUUUGCAGAAACAUUUGAUUUAAUGUUAGUCUGUUUGAAACGACGACAGCCAACCAACGGUACUUUAAAACAAGAAUUAUCGUCUGCUAACCUAUUGGCAAUCGCUAAAUUCGGAUUAGAAAUUUUCGCCAAUAUGUUACCUGUCCCACCAGUGACUCUUCCCGACAGGCAACUCUUUGAUAUCCUCGAAAAAACUUACUUCUUCAUUUCAAAUUGGCUUCCAAGAUUAAACAAAGACGAAAUUCGUCAGUUAACCGAAUACCUGUCACGUUACAUCCAUUUCUACAAUCAAAAUAACGGAGUCACUAGUCUGCUACACGUGGCGAUCGCCAUGGUUGAUUACCAUGGAGGCAUGUCACUGUAUUCUACAAGUCAUGCUGUAUCCAUUAUUCAACUGCUGUUGGACGCUGGAGCCAAUCCCAACGCAGUCGACAAACACGGCAAAACUCCACUUCACUUUUUGGCAGAAAAGUAUUCGAGAGACGAGACAUCAGAGUCUUACUUCAUCAUUUUUCAAGCCUUGUUGGAUGCCGGUGGAUAUCUUGACAAAGCCGCACCUAAUGGGAAGACAGUUCUCUGUAUUCUUAAAGAUCAGAGAGUCAAACAUCCUACCUUAGGCUACGCCGCUGAUCCUUUCCUUGAUUCACUGAUUGAUCCCCAACUUCUCCCUUCUUUUCGAAAUCGCACAUCUACGUCAAGAUCUAUAUAAUUUUAAAUUGUAUGUUGCAAUCAUUAUUAUAAACGAAAAAUAUAUAUGUAAAUAUGAA